AUGGACGGUAAUUAUAAUUUCACUCUCUCCAAUCAUAAUGAUCACCACCAUCAUCAAAAAGUCCCCCAUGGUCUAAUUAUCACCCUCACAGACCAACCCCCCACCACUCCCCCCAAAAAAUCAAUAAAAUCCUACAUCACAACCCUCUCCCGCAAAGUCUCCCAAAAGACAGUCACAGGAGCCCAACACCUCGGAACCCUCGCCCGUUCCGCAACCACCGCCUCCCGUCGUUCAAAAACCUCCAAAAGCAGUGGUAGAAAAUACAGUACUACUACUACUACAACCAUGAAAUCCGUUACUUCGGUGUUCAUUCCAUCAUCAGACGUAAAUGGAAUGAAUAAUAAUAAUAAUAGUGGUAAUAUUGGUGGAGGACGACCGGCCCCACGUCUUCCAAAUGUUGUCUAUCGCAGCCCGGACGCCGAUUUCAUCGAGAGUCAGAUGGAGGCUAGGAUUCGCAGUAUUGGGGCUAAUAAUAAUAAUGGUGGUGGUGGUGGGGAUAAUAAGGAGGAGGAAGGUGGUGAUGGUGAUGGUAAGGAGAAUGAGAAGGAAGAAAAGAAGAAGGAUAGGAUGGGGGGGUAUACGAUUCGAAUCAUUAACCCUAAUUGCAAUAAUGAAGCUUAA